UGCUCGGGUUAGUACCGUGAUAUAUCUGCGUGCUGGCAGCACAGCUCAUUGGGAUGGCUGUAGAGAAGAUGUGGAGGGGCUGUGUGUGUUUUGAGGGGUAUGGUGGUAUUUUAGGGUGAUCAGGGCACCAUAACGGCAACACAAACUUGGCAAAGCCUACCCCUUUUGGGGUUGGAGUUAAGGAAGGUGGUAACAUUGAAUAAUCUUCACUUAUGCGGCCCCUUUCUAUGCGAGAGGAUUUAAAGAAAGCCCAUUGUAUUUUCGUAUUUUUUUCAGCUGCAUUACAAAAAAUUCCCAAUUAAUUUUGACACGAAAAUCAAAAGAAACCGCUCGCUCUAUCUAUGAAAUUCCUUAACAUUGUGAUGCGUGCUUGUAAAUCUCUUUCACUUUGCAACAUCGUAUUUAUAAGGGGGUGUUUUCGCUCUCUCUCUCUCUCUCAGCUUUGCUCGUCUCGGGUGCCUGCUAAGGGAGUCGCCUUAAAGAAAAUAGGCAGAAAUCUGCUAUUGAUUUUCAUAAUGCUCCUGCGGUGUUUUGAAACCAAUCGUUUGAACCUCCGAGAUCUUACCUAAGUGGACCACUCCUACGCAUCUAAGUGUUCCAAAUUGAUAUAUGACAAUAUCUACUUUCGAUCACGUGUCUCGGGGCGACUUAGACGGAUAGCGCGUCAUCUCGCCUUCCCAAAUUUUCCCCUUCUGCAGUUCGAUUCCAAAACAUCUAUCUAUAGAGCCAGGCAACGGGGAGAAAGAUGUUUAACUCGGUCAAUCUGGGGAACUUCUGUUCUCAGACGAGAAAAGACAGGACUUCCGACUUUGGGGACAGAGCGGGCUGCGCCUCUAAUCUUUAUCUUCCGAGCUGCACUUAUUACGUCCCAGAGUUUUCUGCGGUCUCCUCGUUCCUGCCACAGGCCCCGUCUCGACAAAUCAACUACCCUUAUUCCACAAACCUUUCUCAAGUGCAGCCUGUCCGGGAAGUUUCUUACAGCUUGGACCCACCGAGUAAGUGGCACCACAGAAGCAAUUAUACAUCCUGCUACUCAGGAGACGACUUGGUGCAUAGGGAAUGUCUUCCGCCAUCCACCGUGACCGAAAUGCUCAUGAAAAACGAAAGCGUGUACAGCCACCACCACCACCACCACCACCACCCCAGCUCCAAUCAUCCGUCCACGGGGUUUUACUCCGGCGUGGGGAAAAACAACGUCCUUCCGCAGGGCUUUGACCGCUUUUUCGAGAGCGCCUACUGCGGCGCGGAGCCCCCGCCGGAGAACUGUGUACAGAAGAGCGAGGCGGGCAAGCUGGAGGCUGAGCACGAGCCCGGCGCUCUCCCCAGCGCCGCGGACGCGGAGAAGGACCCCGAGGAUGAAGAGGAAAACACAAAUUCGGGCUCCUGCGCCUCUUCCUCGGCCACGAAGGACGGCAGCCCUAGCAAAGGGAACCACUCGAGUACCCCUCGCACGCGGAAGAAGAGGUGCCCAUACUCCAAGUUUCAGAUCCGGGAGCUGGAGCGCGAGUUUUUCUUUAACGUUUACAUCAACAAGGAGAAGCGACUCCAGCUGUCCCGAAUGUUGAACCUCACCGACCGCCAGGUCAAAAUCUGGUUUCAGAACCGCAGAAUGAAGGAAAAAAAACUGAGCCGAGACCGUUUGCAGUAUUUUUCGGGCAAUCCUUUGUUGUGAACUCUAAGCAUACAGAAAUGCUAAAAAUCAUACGAAUUAUUACUAUUAUUGGUAUUAGUAAUAAUAAUUUUCACAACAGCAGUUCCAGUUACUCCUGUAUCAGAAGGAAAAGGAGAAACAUUCUGACUUCGUCCAGCCUUGGACUACGGAGUGACCAAGAAAGAGUCGAGUUUUGUGUUUCUGCAAUAAGAAAUUGAUCAAGAACCAGCAAAGCGGGACAAGAACUCUGAGGUUUUUAUUCAGAAAAAUGUCAAAAACGACAAUUAGGAAAGCAGAAAGAGUGAUCAAAGUGGAGACGCAAAAUAGACAGAUUUUGUAUUUAAACAAUUUGUGAAUAUGUGAAUAUACUUCAUUUAGUACAGGCGAGUCUUCAGUUUCCUCCGGGUCCGCCAUAGGGUUCAUUGUUUUCAUUAUUCUAAAUAUUUUUAUUUCGCAUUUUAUAAAUAUUAUCUAUAAUAUUAUAAGUGUUGAAUGUGCUCAGAACAGUUUUAUUUUUUCUUCGAUUUUAUAUGUCACUUCUCCCUUCUCUCUUUCUUUCUUGCCUUUCUUUCUUAGUAAACACAUUUGCUAAAUGUUUCUAUGUUAAAUAAAAGCCUUGAUCGUUCUUGUAUCACCCAUUACAUUGGAAUGAAUCCAUGCAGCAAAAUAAAAUCGUGGCAGAUCUGUAUAUUCUGCUAUUACGAGGCCAGAACUGUGGCGUGAACAAUCUGUAAUAAACUCAGUCUUGUGUGGACGCUAUGCAAA